GCGUCAUCUCUGUGACAGUAGUGAACUAAAGCUACUUGCUGGUGAAAACAUGGUAUCGACAAAGCAACCUCCUAUAAAGUCCUCAUCUCCUUUAUUCCAGAUGUUUCAUCUGGUGUUUACAAUCCUAUCGAUAGCUGCUCUUUCGUACAAGGUUUUUCGUCUUGAGAGCGAAUUGUCGUUUAUUCGGGAAGAACUAUCUACCUUUGAUAGCAAUGGUGACAAGAAAGCGAAUCUUCCGCUUUUCACAACCGCGAAAAGCGAGAUUGAGACCAGGAGUGAUCGAAAUCGGCGGCGGAUUAUUAAAUCUGGGAUGUACGGAGUAAAGCAGAAGAUACAGGACGCUGUUUGUAUUCGAAAGGCACUGCAAAAUUUUCAGGUCAAGCACGCAGUAAAUGGAACUGGAAAGUUUAUCUGCCUGAGAGGUGCCCAGGGCCCUCCCGGACAACAAGGAGCCCGCGGUCGUCGCGGUCGUCCGGGCCCAGCUGGUAAAACUGGGCCGCCCGGUGCGAGAGGACUUAGAGGAACCCCUGGAAUUAGUCCCAAACUCAAUGUUACAUAUAUUGAGGAGCUGACCAAACGAAUGGAGUCUCAAGUCACGACAUUUGGUAAGAGAUCACCUGUCAGCGAUUCCUCAACAAGUUUUGAUUUUGUGGACAAUGAUUCUGUGCCUGUACCUUCUGGGAAACAUGUUUCAGGAAAUAUUAUUUUUAAUUUAAGAGCAACUCCUAAGACAUUGAUACAAUGA